ACUGGUGAGUAUUGUGGCAUUGAUUCAAAGGUUGUUAGGAUGGCAUUCCUGCAAGGUGUGUUUGUGCUGGUUCUGAUCAUUUCAUUUGAUCUGACCAAUGCAUGGGGAAGUUUGAGAUACAAUCAAAGUCCAAGGGCCAUGAGAGCAAAGUCAGAUCCAGCUUCUAGAGGUCCUGCCUUUUCUCCUCGAGCACUCUGGAGCCCUAUGGGAAUGGCCUCUGCCUUGCAGAGUCCUUUUGGAGUUCAGGAGAAGCAGCUGUUGCAGGGCCCGGUCAAGCCUUUGGAUUGGAGGUUUCCACUUGUUCCUGAGGUGCAGAGGGAGGUGGCAGUGGACUUCCAGAUGAGGCAACCUGUGACUCCCAGUAGCGUGGCUGUUCAGUGCAGCGAGGACCGGGUUCUUGUGGAGGUACAGCAGGACUUGUUUAGCAAUGGUCAGUUGAUCCAGCCAUCUGGUUUGUCUUUGGGAGGAUGUUCUGUUGUUGGCCAGGACCCCGAAUCUAGGGUGCUCAUCUUUGAGUAUGAACUACAGAGCUGCAACAGUGUUCUGAUGAUGACUGAGGAUGAGCUUGUCUACACAUUCUCUCUUACCUACACUCCCGAGGCACUUGCUGGUACUCCAAUUACCCGCGCCGAUGGUGCGAUUGUUGGUGUUCAAUGCCACUAUCCAAGGCUUCAAAAUGUAAGCAGUGACGUCUUGAUGCCAACUUGGGUCCCUUAUGCCUCAACAGAGGUUGGUGACGAAGUCUUGCUCUUCUCCCUGAAGCUCAUGUUGGAUGACUGGUCCUAUGAGAGGCCUUCAAACUACUAUUUCCUGGGUAACGUCUUUAACCUUGAGGCGUCUGUGAAGGUGUACAAUCAUGUGCCUCUGCGUGUGUUUGUGGACAGCUGUGUGGCCACCCAAGCACCUGAUGUGAACUCUCUUCCGAGAUAUUCCUUCAUUGAGAAUCAUGGGUGCUUUGUGGAUGCCAAGGCUACGUCUUCCAGUUCACGCUUCAUGCCUCAAACCCAGCCUGAAAAGGUCCAGUUCCAGCUGGAGGCGUUCAUGUUCCAGGAGGGACAGAGUCCUUCUAUCUACAUAACCUGUCUUCUGAAGGCCACUUUUGCUUCUGUACCUAGUGAUGCUGGACGCAAGUCAUGUUCUUUUGCCAAUGGAUGGUUUGCUGCUGAUGGAAACCACCAGGUUUGUGGUUGUUGUGACUCAACAUGUGGUCCUGAUAGUGGAAUUGCUGCUCUCAGUGACACUCAGUGGGAAGGCAAGGCCUCAGUUGGUCCACUAAUGGUUCAAGGGCGAAAGACUUCACCUGGUUUUCAAUAAACCUGAGAAACUUA